AGUGUGGUAACUUUUCAGGUUGAAAUGGUUGAACGAUUGAAAGCGUCAUCUCUAGAUAUUCGAGUAUUUUGACACUUCUAUUUGACUGUUUGACAUGUGUGAGAAAUUGGAGUAAACGUAAAAUUCAAAGAUAAACAACAGUGAUUGUACAUACAGUAUCAGUGUAUACACGAUGACGACGCAAGAGGUGAAGAGAACAAAGAAAAAAAGCGCACAAAAAGAAAGUGUGACUCAAGAGGAAAAAAAGGUGGAAAAACCGAAUAAACUCGUUCAGUCAAAAUAUGGACCUAUUGUAUCUUUUCCAUAUCAAAGAGUAUGGUCAAGAUGUGUUCUGAUACUUGGAGUCUUGCUAAUAGUUUGGUAUAAUAAUAGACAUGGCAAAGAAGUAUAUCUGGCAAAGCAGAAAGACGUGCUGGUAAGUCGUACACAGAACGUUGACUGCUCUAUGGAUUAUAGAGACGAGUUAGAAAAAUACCCAGGCUGCGUACCAGAAAAAUGUGGCAGAGCUGUAACUGACAAACUCGUCUCGACAACAGAGGCAGAUGUUUUACUGAAACUAGCAAAAAGUGGAUUAGAUCUGGCUGGAUCUGACGGUGGCGCGAGUAUUCUGGAUCUUCAUUCAGGCGCUCUUAGCAAGGGACAGGGUUUCAUCAAUAUUUAUAAACAACCAGAGGCAAAGAAAAUAUUCAACAGCGUGGAUUCGGCAAUCUACAAGGUAGUGAAAACGAAAAUACAACAUGCGGUGGCGCAUAAUUUUGGAAUAGAUAUAAAUAAAAUCUAUUUAACCAAACCUACUUUUUUCUCGCGAAUGACUAAUAAACCCGCAAAAACUAUACAUGAUGAAUACUGGCAUCCACAUAUCGAUAAGGAAACAUAUGAAUCAUUCCAUUACACAUCAUUGCUAUAUUUAAAUGAUUUUAGUAAAGAUUUUGAAGGCGGUCGAUUUAUAUAUAUGGACAAAAACGAUGUCAAUACCACAGUGGAACCGAGAAAAGGUAGAGUAUCAAUUUUUACAUCAGGAAGUGAAAAUUUACAUCUAGUUGAAAAAGUGAAAUCUGGUACUCGUUAUGCCUUGACCGUGUCUUUCACCUGUGACAAGAAUGCCGCGAUAUCCGAUUUACGUUUUACUGAUACGUUAAAUUAAGAUUAUUUUUAUUUCAUCAACAAUGUCUAAUUUUGCAGUUAUUUAAAUUGAUUGAUAUUUACUUAAAGAAAAUAUCAUAAGAAUUAUAAGAGUAUAAAUCACGUGUAAGAGCUGGAUAUUUUUAUUUAUAAAUUUUUUUGUUAAAUGGCACAAUUGAACAGUAUUAUAAUAGCAUAAAGAAAAACAAGUGAAGUAUUGCUUGUACGAAUUUAUUUUUAAAAAUGUAUUUCAUUAAGUAAUAAAGAAAUUUAGAAUGUUAAUAACUAAGUGUCAGAAAGAGAAUUGAUCGUGGUGUGUUUCAAAUAAUUAAGAUGAGUAGACGCCAACACAAUACAAAAUGGAUCGUGGUGCUUAAUAAUAAUAUUUUUAUAUAUGAAUCUUUUACAAUUCUGAAGUAAUAUUUUGUUAUUUAUAAGUUAUUUAUAAGUGAUAAGUUAUUUUCGCAGGGUUUAAAAAUAUGUUCAAGAGAGUAGCAAAUUAUUAGAUUGCUUUGGCAAUUGUGUUAUUACAUAAUAUUCAGUUUGGAGCAUAGACUUAUAAGUCUAUGAUUUGGAAUUGCGUUUUAAAGGACUGACGAUGCAGCGCACAGUUUGCAUUGUAAGAUUAACAUAUAAAAAUAUUAUUAUGAAGCAUCAAGAUUUGUGUUGGCAUUUACUUAUCUUAAUUAUUAAAAUUUUAAUAUAUUAAACAUAAAUUUGUGUUAUUAUCUAUAUGAUUUACUUUCUCGAUUUUUAAGCAUAUAAUUAUUUUUACGUGUAAUAACCUGUUAUAUGUGUAUAACAUACAUAUAAGCAAGAAAGAAACAAAAGAUAAUAUACAGUUAAGUCAUAUUAGAGUUAAGUUUGUGAAAAAUACAUUUUUUCGUUGUAUUGAACUUGUAUAUGUUAAUGAAAUGAAACACGUAUGUGUUACAUACUAUGAGAAAAUAUUGUGAUAGUUGAGAUAAUGUCUAUCAAGAAUAUUUUAGUAAUAAGAAUUUAAUAAAAACGAUAAAAAGAUCUUAACCAAUAA